AUGACCACAGCAAAGUUCGCCCUCGAGGACACGGUCCCGCUGCCCAACUCGGAGGUGCGCAUGCCCCGGCUCGGCUUCGGCGUCUACCAGAUCCGCGGCGAUGCGUGCCUGCAGUCCUGCCUCGCCGCCCUGCGCGCGGGCUACCGCCACAUCGACUCGGCGCAGCUCUACCGCAACGAGGCCGAGGUGCGCGAGGCGAUCCGGCGCUUCGGCCUCGACCGCUCCCAGGUCUUCGUCACGAGCAAGAUCCGCUUCCCCGAGUCCACGCCGGACAAGACGUACCGCUUCUGCCUCAAGAGCGUGCGCCGGCUCGGCGGCGAGGCCGAGGACGCCUACGUCGACCUGUUCCUCGUGCACAUCCCCUACAGGGGGUUCGAGGAGCGCAAGGUGAUGUGGCAGGCGCUCGAGAGGCUGCUCGAGGAGAAGAAGGCGCGCGCGAUCGGCGUGAGCAACUACUCUGUCGAGCACAUUGAGGAGAUGAAGGCGUAUGCCAAGGUGUGGCCGCCUCACGUUAACCAGAUCCUUCUACAUCCUUGGAAUCAACAACGCGAGGUUGAUGUGUACUGCAAGAAGCACGGUAUUGUGGUGCAGGCCUUCAGCCCUCUCGUGCGGGCCGAGAAACUUGAUGACCCCACGCUCAAGGUCGUUGCCGAGCGCUAUGGCAAGACGCCGGCUCAGGUCCUGAUCCGGUACAGCCUCCAGAAGGGCUGGGUGCCGCUCCCGAAAAGUGCAAAGGAGGCCAGGAUCAAAGAGAACGCGGAUGUGUACGACUUUGAGAUCUCGUCGGGCGACAUGGACCUCCUGGACUCUCUCGAUCCAACUCCUCACACCACCGAACAAGAAGAGUGA